AUGCCUGCCGUACGUGCUCAGAUCAACCCAGGCACGGGCUACAUCGAGAACAUUCAGUCGCUACGUGAGAUAGAGUACCCGCUGCUCAGAGACACGACCUAUCUGGAUCAUGCUGGGACUACUCUCUAUCCUAAGUCGUUGAUCGAGGAGUAUUCGAAAGACUUAACCCAGAACCUAUUCGGGAACCCUCACUCAGCAUCAGCGUCAUCUCAGCUAUCAUCCCAACGCAUUGACGAUGUGCGUCUCCAAGUCUUACGAUUUUUCAACGCAGAACCGGAUCACUUCGAUGUCGUCUUCACCGCCAAUGCUACCGCUGCUAUCAAACUCGUCGGGGAGGCCUUUCGAGAUGGUCCUCAAGGAUUUGACUAUGCUUAUCAUGUCGACUCGCACACUAGUAUAGUGGGAGUUCGGGAACUGGCACAUAUCAGCCAUUGCCUGAGCGACGAUGCCGGCGUCAAUGGCUGGCUUAACGACUGCCAGGCCGUCGGGGGUGGCCGGCCGCGCUUGUUCGCUUACCCUGGACAGUCGAAUAUGACUGGGCGGCGUCACUCCUUGAAGUGGGCUGAGCGUGUCAACGAUUUGUGCUCUAACAACACCGCACAGACAUACACUCUCUUCGAUGCGGCAGCACUAGCUUCUACCGCUCCAUUGGACUUGUCAGACAUCGCGACGGCACCCAGUUUCACAGCUGUGAGCUUUUACAAGAUAUUCGGUUUUCCCGAUCUUGGAGCGCUACUUGUGCGAAAGGAUGCAGCUGAACCGUUGUGCCGGCGCAAGUACUUUGGCGGCGGCACUGUGGAGGGAGUCGCAGUGACGGGUGGCCCAUGGCAUGCGUCAAAGCGGAGGUCGACACACGAUCGUCUCGAGGAUGGAACGUUGCCGUUCCAUAACAUCGUCGCCCUUGGGCACGCUCUGAGACAGCAUGUUGGCAUCUAUGGGUCCAUGGAUGGAGUCUCACGCCAUUGCGCCUAUCUUACCAACGCUCUACGGACGCGCAUGCUCUCAUUACGCCACGGAAAUGGAAGCGCCGUAUGUCGUAUAUACGGCGCAAGCAGCCUUGGGGACACUCUACCAAACGGGCCCGUGCUCGCUUUCAAUCUUCUCGAUAACGCUGGGAACUAUGUCAGUAACGCAGAGGUUGACAAACUUGCCAUUGUCAGGCGGAUUCAUCUCCGAACAGGUGGUCUGUGCAACCCAGGUGGGACGGCGAGUUACCUGCACCUCACGGCGGAUGACCUUCGUGGGAAUCAUGCAACAGGAUACCGCUGUGGUGACGAUAACGACAUAAUCAACGGUAAACCAGUGGGGACUAUACGUGUCAGUCUCGGAGCUCCUAGUAGUUUGGAAGAUGUUGAUUCUUUUAUGGACUUCUUGCAGGAUUUCUACGUCAACCCCACAACGGAGGAUCGAAAGACAACGGCAAACAAAGUCCGAGGCCAUGGAAACAGCUUCACUGUCGAGGCUCUUACGGUGUUCCCUAUCAAGAGCUGUGCAGCUUUCAAUGUUCCUUCGGGCAGCCUCUGGGAAGUUGGCGCGCGAGGGCUGGCAUGGGAUCGCGAGUGGUGCCUCGUGCACGAAGGCACUCAUCAGGCAUUGAGCCAGAAGAAGUACCCACGCAUGGCACUAUUGCGACCCACAAUCGACACUCAAGAACGUGUGCUGCGCGUCACUCACAACAUACAUGGCUCAGGGUGGCAGCAGCUUGAGGUGAAUCUGGAUGAAGCUCUAGUCGUGGGAAGGACAAGCCUCGUGUGCGACGCUGCCAAAACUCGCAGGACUUCCUCCGUUUGCGGCGAAUCGGUGGACAUAGAGCACUACACUUCACCAAAAGUAUCACAUUUCUUCACCGAGGCAUUAGGAGUACCUUGUACUCUCGCUCGCUCUCCACAGCUGGGUUCUGUGCGCCGGCCGCAGAUUCGCAGCCACACGGGCUUCACACCAGAUCAGUCUGCUUUGAAAGCGUACUCAGUAGGACUCGCGAACGAGAGCCCGAUACUGUUAAUCUCGCGCUCAAGCGUGAAUCGCCUGAACGAGCAAAUUAAGGCCCGUGGAGGCGGAGGUAGGGCUGUACCGGCAGAGUCAUUUCGUGGAAAUAUCAUCGUCUCGGAAACACUUGAGAGAGGCCAGUCAGAGACCCCGUAUGCCGAAGAUGAUUGGCGAGAGGUGAGCAUAGGAAGCGACAGCGCUGGUGGCAUAUUCGAGAUUAUUGGUCCAUGUCAGCGAUGCCAGAUGGUGUGCAUUGAUCAGGGCGAUGGAAGCCGAAGACAGGAACCAUUCAGCACAUUGGCCAAGACACGGAAGAAAGAAGGAAAGGUGUGGUUCGGCAUGCAUAUGUCUUUACGACAAAGCGAGAACAGGUUCAUUAAGGUAGGGGAUUACCUCCAGGCGACAUCGAGGUCCGGAGCCACGUAG